CGCCGGCGCGGCGAUGGCGGAGGGUGCCGGCGCUCGGCCGAGCUUCGGCCGGCCCGUCCCGCCUCCGCAGACCGGCUGGGAGCGGCUCCGCGAGCUCUGGCAGCGGGACGAGCUGCAGCGGCUCCCGGAGGAGACGGUGAACCUCUUCAAGGCGGCGUUCACGGCGGGCGUGGUGGGCUGGCUGUACGGCGGGCUGCCCGCCUUCGCCAGCGCCCGCAAGGCCUUCAUCGAGCGCAGCCACGGGGAGCUGUUCCAGAACCGCGCCGAUGCCGUGCAAUCUGCACAUCGUGCUGGCCUCCGGAGUUUCAUCCGCUAUGGCUGGCGCUGGAGCUGGAGAGUCGCGGCUUUUGCGACAAUAUUCAACGUGGUGAGCACUGGGCUGUCUGUGUACCGCGAUAAAACCACCAUCAGUAAUUUUGCUGCGGCAGGAGGCUUCACAGGAGCCCUUUUCAGAAUGCACUUGGGCCUGCAGGGACUGGCAGGCGGCAUGGUGUUUGGAACAGCCUUUGGGAUCCCUGCAGGAGGCCUGUUAAUAGCACUGCACAGCUUGGCUGGUGAGACCUUGCAGGAGAAGAGGAAUCGCGAGCGCAGGGAGCUGUAUGAGCAGAAGCUGGCAGAGUGGCAAUCCAGGCUCAAUGUGACUGAAGUCUUAGGCCAAACUGAAAACAACGCCCAGGGAGGGCUGAAGAUGGACUGAGCAGGAGACUUUAGGAG